CUACUAUUUCAGUGGAAGGUCCCAAUUAAGGUUAGAAGGUAAAGAUGGCGGAAGUGUGGGACGCAGUAGUGGUGGGGGCGGGGAUAGAAGGGUCCGUCACGGCCUUUCACCUGGCUAAGAACGGCUGCCGAACACUUCUCAUCGAGCAGUUCCCCUUGCCGCACAGUAGAGGGAGCUCCCACGGUGCCAGCCGGAUCAUCCGAAAGGCGUACGUCCAGCAGCACUAUGCACGGAUGAUGAACGAAGCGUACCCUAUCUGGGAACAGGUGGAGCGGGAAACAGGCACACAGCUCUACAUGAAAACCGGUGGUCUGAUGGUAGGACCGCGGUCAUCCAAACAGCUGGCUGAGACAGAGCGGAGUCUGUCAGGUGCAGGGAGUGAGUUUGAGAGACUCAGUUCUGAUGACCUGAAGCUGAGAUUCCCAAACCUGAGCUUCCCUGCAGACUACCGAGCAGUUCUGGACCCUGAGGCAGGGGUGCUGAAGGCUGACAAGGCACUCAGGUGCUUCCAGGAUCUGUUUGUGAAGUAUGGCGGAAGGAUACAUGAUGAGGAGAAGGUGGUGCGGAUUGACCCAGGUGAUGUGGUGACCGUCCACACGUCCAAGUCCGCGUACAAGACACGCAAACUUCUCCUCCUACCAGGGCCCUGGGCGGGGAAACUGUUGGGACCUCUGGGACUUCACCCACCUCUUAAGCCUGUACGCAUCAGUGUGCUAUACUGGCGAGAGAAGCAGCCAGGCACGUACGCCCUAAAGAAGGGUUUCCCUGUGUUUGUAGACCACACCACUCUCCAUAAAUAUGGUCUUCCCUGCUUAGAGUACCCAGGAAUAUUCAAGCUGUGCUACCAUUCUGGUCCAGUGAUUGAUCCAGACGACAGAGAUGGUGUUGCAGGUAGUCGAGGUAACCAGGAGAUUGUGAGGAUGAUGUGUGACUAUGUCAGGAAACACUUCCCUGGGUUAGAGAGUGUUCCAGCUAUUCAGGAGUCCUGCAUAUAUACUAACACCCCUGAUGAAGACUUCAUCCUGGAUCGUCACCCACAGUACAGGAACAUCAUCAUAGGGGCCGGCUUCUCAGGACAUGGCUUUAAGCUGGCACCAGUGGUGGGGAAGUUACUGUGUGAACUGGCUAUGGACAAGCAGCCAUCUUACGACAUGACACCGUUCUCCCUAGAUAGGUUCCACAACACGGCAACUCCUCAAGCCAAACUCUGAACUAUAUUGUUUGAUGGGCAAAGUGCAUAUAGAUCAUUUUAUAUGUAUAAUUACCUCAAAUACCUACUACCUUAGUCUUGAUAAACAUAUGAAUAAAUCUUUAAUUGGAUAUAAAACUAGAAAGGUAACAUUUGCAAAGCAAAUACAUAAUUGUUUACCUUCGUAUAUGGUCUGCUC